GCCACUAAAACAGUGAUAUUAUUGAUAAUAAUAAUAAUAUGAUUGUAUUUAUUAUGUUAUUUUCAACACAUAAUUGAUAAUCAAAUUUGACAUUUAAUUAGUUGAAUGAUUAGAUUGUAUUCAAUCAAUAAAUCAUUCAAUUAUUUAGGAAAAGAAAACAUAUUUUUGAUAUUAAUUUCAUAACAAAUCUGGCAUUUGAUCCAAACAUCUACUCAUUGUCUCGUAAUGUGUCUUCAAUUAGAAAGGUUUGAUCACAACUGUUGUCACAUUUAAGACAUCGGGUGUGAAGUCUGGUCACAGUUUGCUUCUCAGUGUUAUAUUUGUGACCACAAAUGGUCAACUUGUCGGCCGAAAUGGUCAGUGAAAACGGCAAGAAAUGGUGUCGUAUUUUAUUAGUCGGAGAAGCCGGUGUCGGCAAGACUUCACUUAUAUUUUCAUUGGUCAGCGAAGAGUUUCCAGAAGACGUGCCGCCAAAGGCAGAAGAGAUUACAAUACCGGCUGAUGUGACCCCUGAAAGGAUCUCAACUCAAAUUGUCGACUAUUCGGCUCAAGAACAACCACACGAUGUACUCGUCGAAGAGAUCCGUAAAGCAAAUGUUAUUUGUGUUGUCUAUGCCGUCGAUGACGACGAAACAAUUGAUAAGAUAACUAGUUAUUGGUUGCCAUUAAUUCGGGAUGAGUUGGGCGAAGAGCACAGCACUCCCGUUGUUUUAGUCGGAAACAAAGCCGAUUUAGUCGAUUACAGUUCACUUGAUGUGGUCCUACCGGUUAUGAAUCAAUUYUGUGAAGUGGAGACAUGUGUUGAAUGUUCGGCUAAAAGUUUGAAGAAUAUAUCCGAACUGUUUUAUUACGCACAGAAGGCUGUUCUUCAUCCAACAGCACCUCUUUAUUCACCCGAUGAUAGAGACUUAACAGAAAACUGCAAGAAAGGAUUGACGCGAAUCUUUAAAUUAUGUGAUUUAGACAACGAUGGAGUACUCAAUGAUCACGAACUCAAUCGAUUCCAAAGACGAUGUUUUGAUAGUCCACUUCAACCACAAGCACUGGAAGACGUCAAGAAUAUCGUUAAACGUAGUAUUCCUGACGGAGUCUUUGAUGAUGGCUUGACUCUCUCUGGUUUCCUAUUUCUUCAUACUUUGUUUAUUCAAAGAGGAAGACAUGAAACCACAUGGACUGUCUUAAGGAAGUACGGGUAUAACGAUGUCGUUCAACUUAGUGAACAAUAUUUAAGACCCAAAGUAGACGUCCCAUUGGGUUGUAGUACUGAGUUGACAUCUCAGGGAUACGACUUUUUAAGAAAAUUGUUCCUCAAAUACGACAAAGACAAUGAUGGAGCUCUUUCACCCAAUGAGUUACAAAAUGUUUUCAGUGUUUGCGAACGAUUACCUGUUUGGGUUAAUGAAGAUAUCUCUGGUAUUGUUGAAUGUAAUGAUAAGGGAUGGGUUACACUACAAGGAUUUCUUGCCAUUUGGACGCUUAUAACUGCCAUUGAUGUCAGCCAAACAUUUGAAUAUUUUGCGUAUUUUGGUUAUAUAUCGCCACCUGAAGAGAAUCAAUUAUCUUCAGUUUAUGUGACAAGAGAUAAGAGAAUUGAUCUGCAAAAGAAACAAACGAGUCGUAACAUAUUUUCGUGUCAUUUGGUUGGACCUCAAGGGGCGGGAAAGACAUCUUUCAUGAAAGGAUUUCUCGGAAAGAGUUUACAACAAACUAAAGCCAAUACAAGUCUUAACAAUAAAAUUAGUCUUUAUUCCAAUUAUGUCGUCAAUACUAUUCAAAUAUAUGGUCAACAAAAGUAUUUAAUUAUCCGUGAAAUAGAUAUUUUUACUCUUAAUGACCGACUAUCAGAACCUGAGUUGAUAUGUGAUGUCGCGUGUCUUAUGUAUGACUCAACAGAUCCCAAAUCAUUUGAAUUUAUUGCCCGAACUUUUUUGAAAUGUUUUAUGAACACUAAACUCCCGAUCCUAGUGGUGGCGGCAAAGAGUGAUGAACUGGCAGUUCGACAGCAAUACACACUACAACCUGACGAGUUUUGCGGUAAAUAUAAGCUUCCGCCGCCUCAUUAUUUUAGUGUCAACAAAGAAGAGCUUCUCAAAGAGGUUUAUGUCAAGUUGGCAACGAUGGCCGCCUAUCCUAACCUCAGGCGACUGGUACAUGUCCUUCUCAUGCGGCCAACUCAGUCAUGGGUCUCACAACAAAUAGAUACUCUCCAGAGUUGUCUUCCCGAUACAAACGCAUUAAUGAAAGCCGGAGUCGGUUUGGCCACACUUACUAUAGUCGGACUCUAUAUAAUUCGGUUAAUGAAAGCAACAAAUUCUGGACAGAGAUAAUACAUUAUAUUUAAAAAAAAUAAUUACUAAUUGAUAUUAUUUGAGAUAAUUAGAGAC